GAACUGUAUAUUUUGCGUUAUUUUUUAAAUGGUUGGCAACGCUUCGACCAAUUAGUCGGACAAAUUAAGGUUAUGAUAACAAUAUCUUCUUUUUUUACGAUAACAAUGUACAGUGAUAUAAUGAGUAUUAUCGCUACUACAAGUGGUGUGGCUAUUUUCACAGCUGGAACCUGCGUUGGGGCAGUUUCGGCGAUAUUUCUCAGCAAAUUCAGGGCGAAACCGAAAGACCAAUCUUGGGAAAACGGACAGGAAGAAAAAUUUGAGUUUGAGGACGCGAACGAUGAAUAUAGACUCAUUAUGGGGGUUAGAAACGACUUGAAAAUGCAAAAAGGAAAAGUCGCUGCUCAAUGUGGGCAUGCUGCUGUAGCUGCUUAUGCGAAAGCAUUAAAACAGAAACCAAAAGUUCUUAAAAACUGGCUACGAUACGGUGGCACCAAAAUAGCAGUCCGAUUGGACUCCGAAGAACAAUUAAUGGAUUUAGACAAAAAGGCAAAACAAUUUAACGUACUGUCAAGCAUAGUGCGGGACGCAGGUCAAACCCAGGUUGCCCCUGGUAGCAGAACUGUUAUUGCCAUUGGACCAGCCCCCAAAAGUGUUCUAGAUUCCAUAACAGGGCAUUUAAAAUUGUACUAAAUAUCUCAUAUAAUGUAAACUUGCGAUUAAAUAAUUUAUUAAUACAUUUAUAAGUUGUUCUUACCUUGUUUUAUUUAAUAUCAUCGUAGUU